UUAUCGGCAAAAGUGUUGUAAAUAUGGCCAAUUUGGCUAGGCUGUUUCAGCGGCUUUUGGUAUCGCCCAUUGCUCGAGAUGUGCGCCAUACGACCGCUAGACCCAUUUCAUUGGAGAGUCUAGAGAUACUGUUGAAUAAACCCAAACCUGGAGGCGGAAGAUCUUUUCGGCGUAUCGUUCACUUUCCAGCCGAGUACACCGUCGAACCGCUGCGGGUGACCAAUUUGGCCGGCCGAGAUCCCGAAACUGGCCGAGUGAUUGCGAAAGGAAUCGGUGGUGGCAUCAAGCAUAAAUAUCAUUGGAUCAAAUGGGUGCGAGACGGACCAAGCGAAGGUCCGCCGCAGACCGAGAAGGUGAUAGCAGUGAUUCACGAUGGCUGCCGCACGGCGAAAGUGGCCCUGGUUGCCGUUGGAAAUGAAAUGAAGUACAUCCUGGCCACUGAAAACAUGAAGGCAGGAGAUUUAAUCAAAACAUCACGUUUCAUCCCUCGCAUUCCGGUUCGUGCGAAUGAGGGAGAUGCGUAUCCACUCGGGGCACUACAGACGGGAACGCAAAUUCACUGCUUGGAAAAGUUUCCCGGCCAGCAUUGCCAUAUGAUUCAUGCCGCCGGAACGUACGGCACGGUUGUGCGCAAAUUUGACGAUCUCGUCGUGGUGCAGCUGCCAUCGAAGCAAGAAUUUGCCUUCAAGCAAACGUGCAUGGCAACCGUUGGCCGUGUCUCUAACGUGGAACACAGCAAAACUCCGAUCGGUUCGGCGCAGAAAAAUCGUGAGCUAGGCAAUCGGCCACGCUCGGGCUUGUGGCAACGCAAGGAUGGACGGCACGGCCGAAAGGUUCGUCGCCUGCCACCAAUGCGCGUCAUACCGCCACCGGCUGAAAAGCCAGCGAAACCUCUAAAGUUAACGUUAAAACUGUAGAAUGUAUCCCAAAUACCGAAAUGCAGUGCGUCAGUCAUCAGAGUGGAUAAA